AUACUUUUCAACUUUAUUGUAACAUCUUUAUAUCUUGAAAAUGGACUUUGAAAGUCCGAAACGUCGAUAAAAUAAUAAUGAAAAGCAAAUUAUUCAAAACUGCUGUUAAUUCUAUUAGAUUCUUCUCUAAAUUAUUACCCGUCAAUAAAAGAAAUUAUUUGUCUUACACUCGGCAGCAAUACGGGUCUUAUAUUACGAACAAUCUCUUCUUCUUUGGAAAGUUGCAGAUACAAAUUACAAAAUUGAAAUGUGAUUUAAAUUUUCUAAAAACUUGCAAGAGAGAAAGCCUAUUACCAAAAUUUAUUCAGUUUAAAAUACCGUCUACACAUUUGCAUUACCAAGGAGCUAUUCAAAAAUGUUAUAUCCAGAUUUUACAUGAUGAAAUAAAGAUCAAGAAAAGAAAAUUAUCAACAAGUUACCGAUUAACCCUCAAUUUAAAGUCACUGUUGUCUGAAGACAUUAACUCUCUCAUUUUGUCUAAACUUGAAACAAUUAUCAACCAGAUCCGUCUACAUAAACAAAAUGAAUGGCUGGAUGUUCAUACGAAAAAACUAAAUAUACUCCGAUCAUUAAAUAAAUUAUGUUCAAGUACAAAACAAACUCCACGAUUAAUUUCGUCAGUUAAGAAUCUAUCCAAGCGUACUUUGAGCGAAAAUGAAAUUAAAGCUUUAGAAAACGGUUUAGAUUAUGUUUACCCUUCGUUACGAUUUGAUGAGGAAACAUUUAUUUCUAAUAUUGAAACAUGCUUUGUGACUGUGUUAGGACGCACAACUGAUAAAUGUGACUAUGAUGAAAAAGACUCUGACGAAGAUGUUAUUUACAACAUGUCGCCAACUCAAUUAAAAUUUGCCAAUAAAAUGAGAAAUAUUUGUGAUAGUUUUCGGUAUAAUGCAAAGCGUGUGUUAUCAAAGUUUCACUCUAAUAUUGCUAGCAUCAUGAAAACAUUAAAAAACUUAGCCAAAGACAAAUCCAUAGUGAUUACUAAACCAGAUAAAGGUAGAGGGAUUGUCAUUAUGGACAGAAACGAAUAUUUGACCAAAAUGAAUUCUAUCUUAUCAGAUGUUCGUACUUUUAAAGAAAUAAAACAAGAUCCAACUAUAGAGAAAGAAGAUCAACUUACUAGGAAAUUAUUACAGUUAAAAAAUGAUAACUUUAUCACAGUUGAAGAAUACAAAAACAUUCGACCGACCGGUUCACAACCUGGUCGCAUUUACGGUCUUCCAAAAAUACACAAGGUUGGUAAUCCUCUAAGACCUAUUGUAUCAGCAAUCAACACAUACAAUUACAAACUAUCUUUAAUGUUAGCAAACAAAUUAGAACAUUUACGAAAAAGUGUUACACUUAUAUUAGACACCUUCUCAUUCGUCAAACAGUUACACGAGUUGAAAGUAAAUACAGAUGAAAUAGGUUAA